UGACAGCAGCUGGUUAUUAUGCUGGCUUUUCUCUACUUGGAGGACCCAGGCUGCCUGGCUCCCCAUUGCCACCACUUGGCCAAGCUUUCAUGCCACUUCAUGCAGCUGCUUUGCGAGGUGAUAAACAGAAACUUGCUGAAUUACUUCAAGAAAAGAACAUUAACCUCGAGAUACGUGAUCGCUGGGGUCGUGUUCCUCUUGUGUAUGCAGUACUGGGUAACAAUCAAGAAGGAAUGGACCAAUUGCUGCGUGCUGGGGCUCGGCCAGAUGCUGUUGAUUCACACAAAUGUACUCCACUACACUUUGCUGGAUAUAAGGGUUACUUAGGGUGUAUUAAGGCCAUCUUACAUGCAGUAGAAAGCCGAGGACUCCCUCUCAUUGAUAAUCAAGGUGGGCUGUGGUUGGCCCAAGAUUUGCGAGGCGUGACACCUCUUCACCAUGCAGCACAUCACAGCAACAGCAAAGGCCUUCAUGCCUUAUUGAAAUAUGCUGCACCAGGAACCUUGGACACUGUUGAUCACAAAAGGACAAAAUAUGAAGAUUUUUUAUGCUUAGGAAUUUUGAUACAUACCUCAGAAAACCCUGUUGCAGGUGUUGCAUGUCCUGCCCCAGGCUACAGUGAAUACUCCUUGUCACAAUUAUUGGAAAAGUCAAAAUAUAAUUUCAGAGGACCCCAUUACACUGGGCAGCUGCAUAUGGCUCAGAGGAAAAUGUUCGACUGCUGA